GCCGCCGCCUCAGCCCUGAGGAGCCUUCACCCUCGGCGCCUGGGUGGCCGCUCGGUCUCCACAGGCUCCGCGCCAAGCGAGGUCCUCUGCUUCAGCCCUGCCCGGCCGCCGCGUCCGCUCCGCCCGAUCUCCGCCGCUGGCCCGUGGCUUCGCCGCCCGCCGCGGGACAGGUGCUCAGAGCUGUGGAGGAAGCCCCUGCUCUGCCUUCCCUGCUGUGGCUGCUGCUCCUGACUGCAGAGCUCUCCUGGAACUGGGGAAGGGGAUGGGAGCAGGGUAGGCGGGCACUGACAAGCCAGCCCUCUGCAGAUUCCCCGUUCUGGAGAUGAUGCUCUGAGCCCAGUGCACCUGGCAUUCACAUCUAUGGACCUGCCCUGAACCGUAGAGCCUGCCUAUGGGGGAAGAUACCUGAUUUUUCCAGCCCCAUUUGUUGAAAAGACUGUCCUCUCCCCAUCAAAUGUUCUUGGCACUCCUGUCCAAAGUAUUUGGCCACACAUGUAAAGGUGACGCCAUCUGGACCCCAUCCAUCCUUCUUCACAGCACCCUCAGUACCUUAAGCCAUCACCCCCAUCCACAUUUUGGGAGAAAGAUGGAGUCCAAGGUCUCUGAAGGUGGCCUGAAUGUGACCCUAACAAUUCGCCUGCUGAUGCAUGGAAAGGAAGUCGGAAGCAUCAUUGGGAAGAAAGGGGAGACUGUGAAGAAGAUGCGUGAAGAGAGUGGUGCCAGGAUCAACAUCUCAGAGGGAAACUGCCCGGAGAGGAUUGUGACCAUCACAGGCCCAACGGACGCCAUCUUCAAGGCCUUUGCCAUGAUUGCGUACAAGUUUGAGGAGGACAUCAUCAACUCCAUGAGCAACAGCCCUGCUACCAGCAAGCCCCCAGUGACGCUGAGGCUGGUGGUCCCAGCCAGCCAGUGCGGGUCCCUAAUUGGCAAAGGCGGCUCCAAGAUCAAGGAGAUAAGGGAGUCCACAGGUGCCCAAGUCCAGGUGGCCGGGGACAUGCUGCCCAACUCCACGGAGCGGGCAGUGACCAUUUCAGGGACGCCAGAUGCCAUUAUACAGUGCGUCAAGCAGAUCUGUGUGGUCAUGCUGGAGUCCCCACCGAAAGGUGCCACCAUUCCCUACCGCCCAAAGCCCGCCUCCACCCCUGUCAUUUUUGCAGGUGGUCAGGCCUACACGAUCCAGGGACAGUACGCCAUCCCCCACCCAGAUCAGCUGACCAAGCUCCACCAGUUGGCCAUGCAGCAAACCCCCUUUCCUCCCCUCGGACAGACCAACCCCGCUUUCCCCGGAGAAAAGCUGCCUUUACACUCCUCCGAAGAAGCUCAAAAUCUGAUGGGCCAGUCGUCAGGUCUGGACGCCAGUCCCCCGGCCAGCACUCACGAGCUCACCAUUCCCAAUGAUCUAAUAGGCUGCAUCAUUGGACGCCAAGGGACCAAAAUCAAUGAAAUUCGACAGAUGUCUGGAGCUCAGAUCAAAAUCGCUAAUGCCACUGAAGGGUCAUCGGAGCGUCAAAUCACCAUCACGGGAACCCCGGCCAACAUCAGCCUUGCCCAGUAUCUCAUCAAUGCCAGGCUGACGUCCGAGGUCACCGGGAUGGGCGCGCUCUAAUCCUACCCAGGCCACUCUGUGCACCUGACCGCUGGAGCCCACGGCCUCACCGGCUGGCGCACUCUGUACAAACCGCCUGCCCUUCCUCGCAGAUACAAGUAGUUUUCUUACGUACCGACGGUCCAUGCAGUAGACACCAGCCCCGAGCCGUCUGCACUCCAGGCUCGGCCGCCCGCCCCCUUUGGUAGUUGGAGCCUGUCUCCAUGCAUUGGCAUGCACUGCUAAGUAUUGUAACGCUUCGGGGAACUCCCAUCCGUGACAUUGUAGAGAAUUGUCCCUCAGUGUCCGUGUGACUGUCCAAGAUUUGGUUUGACGCUUUGACACACUUCCUGUGACCUGCUGUCCCUGUGCUCAAGGUCCCUGCGCUCUCUCCCCUGUGCCCAGUUUCCCCUCAGAGCCACGCUGCCUUGGCUCACAUUCCCACCCAGGCCAUGUGCUGGAAUCUGGGCCGCCUUUCCUGCAGCCUCUGGGGACGCCCAGGAGAGGGGGGGCUUGGGGGACGACCAAGGAAUGGGGCCGAGUGGCAGAGGGUGUGGGGCCCAGCUCCACAGGGAUGUCCCCUGGGGGAGGCACUUGUGGGCCCCAGGCGUCUUCCGGGGUGACUGGAGAGUGCAGCCUCUCCAGAAAGCCCCUGUGCACUGUUGGAGUUUAAUAAACGUUGUGCGCCUCCCCCAUC